AUGGAGUAUGAGAUUCACGUGACCAACGGGUUCAGGACCAACUCUUCAACUCCGCUGGUGAUAUGGUAUUAUGGUGUUCAUCAUCGGAGGAUGAUCUGGGGGGAAGCACUGCAGGAGGGGGAAAAGUUCAGCUGGGGACUCCUGAUCGACUUCUGGGGAACCGUCCAAUUCUCAUGCACCAUCAAGUGGGAUCGUCAGAGGAAGAGGUUCGAGGCAUUUUGGGUUCACCAGGACGGCCACCGAUGCUUCGAUCUCAAGAAAUGCUUUUGGCUAGUGACGAAGGAUGGGAUUUACUUCAACAGCAUUGAGGAUUUGUGCUCUGAACGCCAUAGGCGUCGGUUUAGGAAUCUUACAGGCAUAGUCUCCAUGAAUAGGUAA